AUGAUAAAUGAAAAUAUUCAUAAAAUAGAGAAAGAAAUAAUAGAAAAUAUUCCUGCAUUUUUAGUAGAAACUGAUGAAGAAGAUAAUGAAAAUCAAAGUAAUAAUAAUAGCAAUAGUGAUAAAUUUUAUAAUAUUGAUGAGAACCUUAAAGAUAAGAUUGAUUAUAUUAUUAAAUUUAAUGAAAAUUAUAAUAGUAGUUUAAACAAAAUAUUAUAUAAAGAAGUAGAAGAAAAAUAUCAAUUUGAAAAAGAUGGAAAAGUUGAUGUGUUAGAAGUAAUUAAUAUUGGAAAAUAUAGUUUAUUUGAAGAUGAUGGAACUGAUAUAAUUUGUAAUUGA